UUUAUCUGUGGAGAGUCCAGGGUGUGGCAAGAGUCCUUUGUCACUGGGAAGCCAGCAUUAAUGUUUCAGUUAAUCACCCUAAUUAGCAUUGGAAAGGUUUUGUCUCUUGCCUGGGGGCAUCCUUUGUUCAGUCAUUAGCUGCCCUCUGCCCUCAGAGUGUUGGUUCCCAUCUACUGUUUUGAUUUUAGAGUUUUUUAAUAGUGGUAGCCAGAUUUUGUUCAUUUUCAUGGUUUCUUCCUUUCUGUUGAAGUUGUCCACAUGCUUGUGGAUUUCAAUGGCUUCUCUGUGUAGUCUGACAUGAUAGUUGUUGGAGUGGUCCAGCAUUUCUGUGUUCUCAAAUAAUAUACUGUGUCCAGGUUGGUUCAUCAAGUGCUCUGCUAUGGCUGAUUUCUCUGGUUGAAUUAGUCUGCAGUGCCUUUCAUGUUCUUUGACUCUUGUUUGGGUGCUGCGUUUGGUGGUCCCUAUGUAUACUUGUCCACAGCUGCAUGGUAUCCGGUAGACUCCUGCACAGACCGUACACAGAGAAUCUGUGAACCUCACCUCCUCCAAGGUGAACUAAACCACCUAAACUGGGCUCUACAGGCAAUGGAUACUCCACCACAGACAUCAGAAGAGCUGUAAGGCCAAGAAUAAGCCAUGACAGUAAAGACAAAGAUCCACCCGGAGGAAAGGUGUUUUCACCAUACAUCAAGGGAACCACUGACCGCAUAGGCAAACUGAUGAAGAAGCACAACCUACAAACUAUCUACAGACCCAUGAAGAAAAACCAACAAAUGCUACGGUCAGCGAAGGACAAGAGGGAUCCUCUCUCCUCUGCAGGAGUCUACCGGAUACCAUGCAGCUGUGGACAAGUCUACAUAGAGACCACCAAACGCAGCGCCCAAACAAGAGUCAAAGAACAUGAAAGGCACUGCAGACUAAUUCAACCAGAGAAAUCAGCCAUAGCAGAAUACUUGAUGAACCAGCCUGGACACAGUAUAUUAUUUGAGAACACAGAAAUGCUGGACCACUCCAACAACUAUCAUGUCAGACUACACAGAGAAGCCAUUGAAAUCCACAACCAUGUGGACAACUUCAACAGAAAGGAAGAAACCAUGAAAAUGAACAAAAUCUGGCUACCACUAUUAAAAAACUCUAAAAUCAAAACAGUAGAUGGGAACCAACACUCUGGGGGCAGAGGGCAGCUAAUGACUGAACAAAGGAUGCCCCCAGGCAAGAGACAAAACCUUUCCAAUGCUAAUUAGAGUGAUUAACUGAAACAUUAAUGCUGGCUUCCCAGUGACAAAGGACUCUUGCCACACCCUGGACUCUCCACAGAUAUAUAUUCUUUUCUUUCCUUACCUAGUUUAUCCAUACCUCACAACCUCUGAGGAUGCCUGCCAUAGAUGUGGGCGAAAGGUCACUUCUGGAACAUGGCCACACAGCCCAAAAGACAUACAACAACCCUGUGAUCCCGGCCAUGAAAACCUUCAACAACACAUCCUUUCCUGUAUUUCGAACCCAUUGCUCCACUGAGUCUUAGUUUCAAGCAGGGCCAUGGGUUUGAAACGUUUUUUAGUGAAUCAUGAAGAGUAGUUCCAUAACACAAAAUAAUUUAGAAAUCCGGCUCCAUCGAAAAACUUCAGUGGACACUCAUGAGGAUUGGUUAAUCAGUUAAAAUUCAUGAGUAAGCCAAGUUUUUUAAAAAACCUGAAAAAUUUUGGGGGGCAGUGUUGAACCCCUAAAUCUAGCUUGGAUACAACCCUGGUUUUGUAGGGACCAUAAGCCAGUCAUGGGGCUGUAUAGAACUUGGAGCUUAGGAGACAAACAUCCAGAGUUCUGUCUUUAAGACUGCAAAAUGGUUUAUUUACAAAAAUAAUAACUACAUUUCUUUAGAGUGAACUGGGUCCUAGCAACUCUAUACUCCAUCUCUUCUAGGGUUUCAAAGAGAGGGAAAAAUCUCCAAGCACACAUCUCUCCUGACACACUACGAGAGAGAGAUCUCAAUACACAAAGUACACACUUGAAUGUAAAAGUAGAAAGCCAAAAGACAAAAAGGCAUGCACCGACAAAGUAUCCAUUCUACACAACCAAUCAGAAUGAGAGCAGAAACAGAGAGGAGAAAUAGAUACUGUACACCCCAACUGUAAUUCAAGAGUUAGGAGGGAAGGAAUUUCCCUCAGCCUAUUCUAAAGCUAACUCUUCCGCAUUGAGGACUGCAGACCUGGGCAGUGUGGGGUUGAAUUCCAACACCCAGGACAUCACAAGAUGUGAAGUACAGGCCUAGCCCAAGAAUCUUGCUGCCUUUUCUAAGAAAUGUUGGCAAAAUUGAUUUUUCUCUUGUAUUAUAACUACAGGGAUAAUUUUUGGACACUUUGUUUCCAGGGCUUAGGAAUCUGUCUGGGGGUAGCAGGUUUAAUUUAGUUUUAACAGGCAAAAGAUAGUGUGUAUCCCUAUUAAUGUAAAUAAAUACACCAUUGGGAGGGGCUUUCUUGGCAGAUUUCAUAUGUACACAAUGUACAAGUGUUUCUUGGCUGUUACGUAAUCGCAUACCGCAGCCUGUAAGGUAACACAUAAUGAAAUAUUAAUUCACAUAACCCAGCAAUAGCCCUGAUAUCAUAAGUGCUGGCUGCCAUAAAUAAGUAACUCUACUGCCCUCUCACCUUAAUGGGAUGACGGACAAGUGCCAAGAAAAUGCAGUUUCACCCCAAAACUGGUUCCAAAUUAGGCUGGCCCAGAAAGUCCUCUGCAACCAAGCUAUUCUUAGAUUUCUUGGUGGUUUCAGUCCAAAGAGUAAAAUGGAUGGAUGGGCAGACAGAUGUAGAUAUGUCAGUCUGCUGAUUUUCCUUUAGAUUAACUAAUUUUCGAUCGGAUUAUAGUUUUUAACCUUGCUGCGCAUCCCCCACAUUUGGCAUUUGUUGAAGCAGCGCCUUUCAAAUGUGCAAUAGGAAAUGGAAAAUUUCUGUUUCCCCAUUGAGGGAUGAAUUGCAAUUUCCUCCUUGCACAUGAAACACAACAUUAAGCAAGUGCCUUCUCCUUUUUGUUGUCCACAUCUUGAACAUAAUUUGUUAAGAACAGUUGGUUUUUCUCCAUUGUCUGCAAAAGAUGCAAGAUGCUCCACGGUAACACGAAUCUGAAAAUUCUCUUUCUUCUUGCUGGCUCUUUGGGGGUUUCCAGCCUUUUUCCUUAUCCACUUAUUGUCCUGGAUGUGCCCUCUGAUGGCAUCAAAGAAGGAGACUCCAUCAAGAUUGUAUGCUUAGCACCCAGGGCCUAUGUGGAUGCCUGGUUCUAUUUGCUCAAAGGAGAACAAGCCCAGCCAGUUCAGAUUCUGCCAGCAGCAGAAGCCCAACACACUGUUACCUUUCAUCUGGAGAACAUCACUACUGGAGAUGGGGGCCAAUAUAGGUGUCAAUAUGGCCUCCAUAAUGGAAGCCAUUUGCAGCUGUCUGAACUCAGCUUCGUCCUGGAGAUUACAGUGGAGGAGUCCAGUUUGACCACUUCUGUUCCAACUGAUCCUCCAAAUUCUGGCUCAAAAGGUUCAGACUGGGUUCUUCCCACUGCUUUGAGUGCGACUGGAAUACUGCUGCUGGUUUUGAUCCUAGUGGUUGCUGUGAUUGCAGUUGGACGAUUGAAAGAAAGAAGACAGAAAAAAAGGGUAUUAGAUUCCUGCUGGACAGAAACAAGCUACCCUGCAACAGAGACAUCCUUUGAUAACAGCAUGUACACUGUUUCCGUGGAAGUGAGCAUGGUCUUGUGAUGUCACCAGGAUCCUUGAUGCCAUGGAUGACGACAGAGACUGGUGGCAGCAGAGACCGUGGACUUCACUGCCUUCGUCCAUUGUACUCUAUGUGCCUCAGAUUCCCUUUGGAGAAUUGUUGCAGUUAUAUCUGACUUAAGAAGUGGUAUGGAAGCAACAAAAACCACUUGUCGGUGUAUCCAGCCUUGGUGUACAUUCUCAAGGCUUAGUUUAUCUCACUUAAAAGGACACAAUGGAAACAUACUCUAUCCUUUAAAUCAGAAAGUGGAGACUCCUUUCUUUUGACCUUAUCUACUUCUACAGAUAGGUUCAACGAGGAACAGAACUUUAUCAUCUCACUUGGAAGUGCCACAAUUAUAUGAGAAUAUGGUUUCCAGAGGUAAAUGUUUUGUGGGGGAAAGGCCCCACAGUCAAUAGGAUGUGUAGGAAUAGGUGCAGGUUGGUUCAUUUGCUCCGAUAGUCUGAAUCAGAGGAGCUUCGUUGGAUUGAUGUAUUUGGCUCACCACCCUGAAAACCUAGAAUGGAUCAAUUCUCUACAACAGAUGCACAUUGAAGAGGGACAGUUUUUGACAAAGUACAAUGACAGGGGUCCAAGCUGGGUUAAACUAGGGUUGACAGCAGAAGUGAGAAGCAUCACAACACAGCUGUGAAGUAGGUCAGAUUGAGAGAUAAGUGACUGCCCAGAAUUACUUGGGAGCUUUAUUCCAGAGUGAGGAUUUGAACCUAUGUUUUCCACAUUGUAUCACUUGAAGCAGAGCUGAACAUCCUUUUCAGGCAGGUCUGGUAUUAAUUGGGGAGGUUUUCCCUUGGUGCAAAAGAAUGGGAAGGUUUAAACUUCUUCUCCCUGCCCACACAUCUUGAUCUUCUAUGUAUCUUUGUAGGUGAAAUUCUCUUGCUGCUGGCAAAUGAAAAAGCCAGAUGAAAGUAUUUUUUCUCCUAUGGCAAAUUAUUUGGCAAAAAGGAAAAGUUGGUGAUCUUUCAGCUUUGGUGCAUGCGGAGAAGAGAUGUUGGGUGUUUAUUUAAUUAUAUAUUAUAUUAUAUUAUAUUAUGUUAUAACCACAGCCACCAAAUUGUAAAGAUGUUUUUAUUUAAACGCUGCCACCAAAUGUAAAGAUGUUUAUAAUUUGGCCACCAGAUGUAAAGGGGAUUAUCAACGCUUGCCACCACUAUGGGAAAAUAUAGCCACUAGCUACUUAGAGAGGAGACCUUUUAAAUUAUGUUUUUCUUCUUUCUUCUUGUUUGCUUUUGAUGGUAAUAUAUAUGUGGCAGAAGCUGAGAUGUUUAAAAGAACAAUAACAUGUUUAUUCAGGCACAAAGCUUAAUGGUUACAGUAACUUUCUCUUUAGAGGCACUUUAGUUAACAGUUGCAAAGCUAGAAUGAGGUGUUUCAAACUUCUUAAAAUGUUACUUCUUUCUUUACUGCUCUAAACUGCAGUCACCCUGUGAAUUACAAUCACAGAUUAUCUGUUCCUUAUCAGGAGACAGACUACCUUAAAAUAAGUCACCAAACUUAUUUUAAGCUGACUCAAAAAUAAGCAUUUGAGCCUCCCUGAUCCCUUCAACUGAGGAUCAGUCUUCACUGUACCUCAUCAGGGCACAGACUAACUGCUUCUUUUUCAAACCUGCACUUCUCCACCAAAACGGCAGUUGGCUCUGCCCACUUCUCCAUGGCAACCAACUCAUGAGUGCAGAGUAACUGAAAUAUUGACCCUUUUAAAACCCAAUUAAACAUGACAUCUGUAAACAAAAAAACCCCACACUUCGUUACAGUGCGGCACACAAUGAGCCUCCCAGAAUCAAAUAAGUACACACUGUUCAGUCUGUCGCUAUACAUUCUAUUUCAUUAACACUAUGUAACACAAUUUUUGUUCCUGAGUUAUAAAUGCCAUUUCCUAAUUGGUUCUAUCAUAAAAAAACAUGGAAAAAGUUCAUUAAACUGCAAAAACUUUGUUCUUGCAGGACAUCUGGCAGCACAUUUUGCUAUUGUUUUUCAAUGAAUAUCUCAUGAAAUCUCGACCAAUUCAACAUAGUUUGUGGCAGCCACAAAAACAAAGUUUCUAGAGUAUAAUGACUACUUUCAGUAAGCGCCACACAAUUAAACAGGAAAUAACACUUUCAAACCAGGAACAGAACAUUUUUCAAAUUUUGUUGUAUUUUGUUACAUUCACCCAUAUAUUUCAAAAACUUUCACAGAGACAUGCCUCAGGAAAGCCUUAUCCCAGUGCAGAGUACUAAUUCCAGAUACAGUAUAAUGCUCCUUUAGUGAGGACCAAACUAAUAAAAGUGAAUGGGACUUACUAGAAAAGUCAAACUUAUGUGAAUUAAAGGUUUUCCUCUGUCAUAGUGCUUUGAUAUAUUAAUGAUCUUGGGGAAAUUAUGAGAUGUGUUUUUUGCUCACAGAAUGAGCCAGAUUCCUUAUUAGAUGAUGGAACAGAACUGUAGAUAUGCUGCUGCUGCUGAUGAUGAUGAUGAUGCAGGCAGAAGGUUAAUGCACGUAGAAAGAAAGGAUUCUUCAAAAGUGGAAAAUUGUAUAGGAAAUUGAUUUUGUUUCCUUAAAAAUAGCUGUUUUUUUUGGAAAUAUGCUAAUGCUGUCUUUUUUAAAAACAUAAUUCUACGAUCUGAUUGGUGAAAAUGUAAGGCAACAUUUUACGCCACAUUCAGAUAUAGAGGGGCAUUUAGAAAAUGAAAAAAUGGAUAAACACAGGUUAUUAUAUAAUCGUUGCUCAGUUAUAGUGACAUCUGUCCUGCCCUGUCUGUGGAGUAAGACCAGUUUACAAAAAUAUGUAGCAAAAGAUAAAUACAAUUCAGGACCUUUAAGACACUUCAAAGCCACAGGAUGGCUUUGAACCCAGGAUCUUUCCAGCAUGGUAAAUGCAAAGGGGUUCAUCAGGUCAAGGCUAUGGGUUAAAAGCAUUGCCUCUUGGUAUUUGUUGGACACAGAGGGAAGGAAGGUUUGUCUUUGCCUUCCUUUGCUUAAGGUCACCCAGUGGGUUUUCAUGGCAGAGUAGGGAUUUGAAUCCUGGUCUCUAUAGUCACAACUCAGUGCUCAAACAAGUACACCUUGAUGGCUCUUAAGCAGUGGUUCCCAACCUCCAGGUGUUUUGGACUUCAACACCCAGAAAAUCUAGACUUUGAAUCUUGUGGCAUCUUUGACUGGAUUCAUGAUGAUGAUGAUUCUUAUCACUUUUAUUUAUAGACUGCUUUUCUCUCUAUAAAUAAGACUCAUAGCAGUUUACAGCCAAUUCAAUACAAAACUCAAAAGUAUACAAACAUUAAAAUAGAAUUAAACAUUAAUGUUAUUAAAAAUAAACACUUAAAUUCUUAAAACUGAUUCAGUUUUGCACUGCCAUAUAUCUACACUGCCAUACAUCUACUGCCAUUGAUCUACACUACCAUAUAAUGCAGUUGUAUUGGGGGGCAGGUUGAACCCCUAAACUGCCCCCUUGGCUACAGGCUUGAUUGCGUGAGUUCCCUCCUUUCAGGACACUUCUACCUCUUUGCAACUGUUCCGUCUCCCAGGCGUUUGAUUUUACAAAUUGCUCAUAGUUGUAGGAACAGCACCUGUUUGCAUUUCUUCCAGGGCUGUUGCAGAUUCUGCAGCACUCUGAUAGUCAACUAUUAGCAGAGUUUAUAGCCAGUUUGCAGAGCCUUGCUGCUAUAGGCUUGCAAAUGUAUCUUUUUGUUCUGGAGACCGCCCCUUUUCCUGGGGAAAGAAGGCUCCAUUUUGAGAAGCCUCUUGCCUUCUAGACUGAAGAAGAAAGAACUUAGAUGUGCUUGAGUGGCCAAGCCAGGCCAACUCUGACAAAGCCAUCGUAAGUAUUGACCUGCCUUUAAAACCAGCGCUGAGCAUAAAUAGGGAAAGACUUGCUCUUUCUAAAAAUAGUAGCUUAGCGCUGGGGCAUAGAACAUCUCUGGAUUUCCUUGCCACUGGAAGAAGCCCUACCAACUUCGCCUCAAAAACUAGCUUUGAGCUUAUAUAGUGAUAGACCUGCUCUUUUUGAUAGCAGCUCAGGGCUAGGGUAAAGAAGAUCUCAGAAUCUCUUUGCCUUUGGUGGAAGUUAACCCAGCAACUAAAGAGGAAAAGCAAGAAAAGGAACAUCUGCAAGGUUUUAUAAGUUGACUGGUUUUAUUUGCAACCUUAACUACGUGUGCCAAGUCUGCCAAGGACUUUGUGAAAAUAAAAUUUUGUUUGAUUAUUCUA